GAGUCAGCGACCUGGGGAGGGCUCGGUAGGGCUGAGGAGGCGGGCGCAGUGCUGACCCAGCAGCACCCCGCCUGCCAGCGCCAGCCAGCGGCAUGGGGUCUGAGAGCUUUCGCUCAUUGUGCAGAUUGAUGGCAAAGCAGAAGUUGGUCGGUGUAGUUGGCAGCGGGCCGUCAUGGCGACCAGUAAUACCUUCUUCAAGAGCCUCGCCGGAGCCGUCGCUGCCGUGGCUCUCGUCACUUUGCAGGUCCACUGCCAGCCGCAGCAGCAGCAGCAGGGCAUCCUGGAGACGGCGGUUGCGCGCGCCCAGGACGCGCUCCGGUCCAUGUGGGGCCGCGCGCGCACCGAGGCCGACGGCGCCGUGCAGGGCGUGGUGCGGGGCUUCCGACGCCAGGAGCACGACGCGCUGCUCGCGGCCUCGGUGCAGCUCGAACAGCUCGGCGUCGACGUGGAUCUCACCGAGGCCAGCGAGGACGUCGACGCCAGCCUGGUUGGCUGCGCCAAGGAUACGCAGGCCAAGUACAAGAGGCUGCUGGCGCAGCUGCGGCGCCGAGUGGAGCGCUGCUGGGGCUGGGAGGGCCGCGAGGUGUCGGCCCUGGUCCGCGCCCUGGAGAACCUGGUCCUGGCCGGCGACCGGCUGCCCGCCCUGCUGCGCACCAACAUGGACGAGUGUCUGCACGGGGGCCGAGGCGCCGCCGCCGCGCCCCGGGUCGGCGGCCGAGGCGCCAACAACAACGCCACCGCCGUCCCGCCGAGCCCGUUCCGCCUGGUGCGCUGCUCCGUGGACGCCGUCAACCUCACGUGGACGUACGUGUCGUCCGUGCCGCGCGAGGUGGGCCGCGCCGCCAGGAGGACCGCGGGGCUGCUGGGCUCCUCGCGCGAGGACUGGGACGAGUGCGCGCGCUCCGUCGUCACGCAGACAGCGGGCCCCGCCCUGCAGUACCUGCGCGACCUGGGCGCGUGCGUGGCCGAGAGGGUGUCGGAGCAGUCGUGGACGCAGAUCCACCGGGCCUGGCAGAACCCGCGCUAGCCGGCGCUAGCCGGUGACGACUCGCCUGUUUCCGUCGCGUCAGCUCGGCGGAUGGUCAGAGUCGAGUAGGACAAUGAGUGACAUUUUACGUCGUGGAGGAAGUUCACGACCGCAACAGAAUGGACAAAAUGCAACGCUUGCACGACUGUGAUUUGUGAAAAGAAAGUGGUGUCAUCCGUUGUCAACCUGUUGUGAUUCCUAACCUAUCUGUGGGACAUGUGUGUGUGUGAGAGUGAAGUGUGUUCCGACCUAACCUCCAGUCGCAGUCAUCAGUCAUGUACAAAUUUAAGUCGUCUUUCAGCGGAAAUGAUAUCCAGAGUAAGAGAGAGCCAAUGGCACGCAACUUUACUUGAAGUCAACAGGACAGCUUUUCCAUGCAAUCUAAAGCAGGUAUGGGAGGAAUCUUAC